AUGGAUUCGUCCAAAAAAGAUGAAAGAGAAGAGAAAGAAUUCAGUAAGGUGUCCGAUAAAAACUGGCAGAAGUAUCGUUCGUUGAGGAAUAAAUUAGAUCUGCUGUCGGAAAAACAGAAAAAGAAAGAAGAAUUGAAAGCAGCAAAAAAAAAGAGACCUACCUGUGAAGAAAAAUAUUUGAAUAAAGAUCAGCCCCCCACAGCAGAUGCAGAGGAUAUAGAAAAAGUUAAUGACAAAGGUGAUGGUAAAAAAAAUGACUCCAACUGGCUAGAAUUGAGGCCUUACAUAGACAUUAACAGCCAUCUGAUCAAAACUACAGGCACAACGAGAAAACCUAAAAAUAGUUUAGAGAGAAAAAUUGACGAGGCCCUCAGUAAAAAUGAAAUAUCAAAAGCUUUCGAACUCAACGACAGAUUGGCUAGCAGAGAAUUCAGCAAGAAAAUUAUUGAAGCCUGUGAUGCCAAACGAUAUGUUGAAAAGUUAAAAUCAGUUGAGGAAAUGAAAAAAAGCAAAAAGAAAAGAAGAUAUCCUUGGGGCUUUGAGCAGAAACAAAGAUGGGAGACAAAGGGCAAUAUGUGA